AUGGCAACUACAGUCGGCAUUGCUGGGAUCACGGGCAAAUUUGCUCGUUUGGUUGUGAAGUAUCUAUUGAAUUCACCCGAUGUCCAAAUCCGCGGACUCUGCCGCAAUGCAUCCAAACUUCCCGAGCGUUUCCGUGACUCGCCUCGCCUGACUAUUGUCCAAGGCGACUCGAACAACAUUGAAAUCCUGCGUACUUUCGCGCGCGGUUGCGAUGUUGUAAUCUGCUGUUACCUCGGAGACAAUGAUUUCAUGAUCAACGGUCAGAAAUUGCUCGUCGAUGCCUGUGACCUAGAAACGGUCGACCGCUACAUCGCUAGCGGCUACUGUCUAGAUUUCACGAAGCUGGAAUACGGUCAGCAUCCUGCAAAGGAUCCUAUGAAGUACGUUAAGGCACACUUGGACGGUAAGAAGAACGUUCGAGGCGUUCAUGUCCUGAUCGGGGCAUUCAUGGAAACUUUCUGGAGUGGAUACUUUGGUAUCUGGAAUCCGGAUGAGUACAAAUUUUCAUUCUAUGGGAGUGGAGAUGAGGUCUGGGAAUCCACAACAUAUGACACCGCUGCCAAGUAUGUGGCCGCGGUGGCGAAAGAUCCAAGUGCCAUCGGCCUGCAGCACUUCCUUGGCGAUCGGAGAACCAUCCGGGAGAUUGCAGACGACUUUGGCGAGGUAUAUGGGAAGAAACCUCAACUUGAGUGCCUGGGAUCUCUAGACGACCUAUACAGCACGAUGCAGGCAACCUUCAAACAGGAUCCCUCAAACAUAUUUGCCUACCUCGCCAUGUUUUACCAAUACUAUUGCAUAAAUGGCCAGACCUACUUGAAGAAGGAUUUGGACAACACCAAAUAUCCUGAGGCUACCCCCACCACGUUCAAGAACUUCCUUCAGUCUCACAAGCUGGAAGAACUGAGGGACACUUAUCAAAACGCCGGCUCUGAUGCUUAG